AUGGCCGACAGUGGUAUCAAGCGCAACAUUCCCAUCAAGCUCGGUGACUUCAGCGUGAUCGACACCGAGUUCUCCAACAUACGCGAGCGCUUCGACGCCGAGAUGAGGAAGAUGGAGGACGAGAUGUCGCGGUUCCGCAGCGAGCUGAUGAACCGCGAGAGCAACAACUUCUUCAAGAGCACCACCAGUCGGCACCACACGAGCACCAGCGAGCACCACACGUCGACGACCUCGAAGAGCGAAGGUUGGGACAAGGUCGACCCCGCAGCACCGUCGAAGCGGUCCGCGUUCGACAGCUUCAAAAGCACCACCACACAACAGUCCACUCAAAACAGCAGUUCUCUGAAUCCCCCUCAGCACGAUCAUGCCUGGCUGGACGGCCUCAACAGUCCCCUCAUUCAGGACGAGGGUGACAACAAGAUGCUGAAGCUGCGCUUCGACGUUUCACAAUACACGCCCGAGGAGAUCGUCGUCAAGACCGUGGACAACAAGCUAUUGGUCCACGCCAAGCACGAGGAGAAGACGGAGAGCAAAUCGGUAUACAGAGAGUACAACCGGGAAUUCCUGUUGCCGAAGGGAACCAAUCCUGAGACCAUCAAGUCUUCCCUGAGUAAGGACGGUGUCCUUACCGUGGAGGCGCCCUUACCAGCAAUUGGCUCGGGCGAGAAGCUAAUCCCGAUCGCACACCAGUAAACCCAAUGACGAACUGCGGAAAGUUGAUUUCUAAUUUUCUGCCUCGAAUUCCUCCCGUUUCCCAUCCGACUUAUCCAGAUUGGACCUUUCCUUCGUAAGUCCUUAUAUUUUUCUCUUACUAUUAUUACCUUAUAGUAAACUUAAAGAAAUUGAUCUAUUCGUGCGAGCAAUUUUGACCAAUUUUAACUAAAUAGCAAAAAGAAAGCGACUACGCCAAGUAUCUGGUGCGUGUCGACUUUUCAUGAAGAAUAAAUCAAAAAUAGAGCAAUUUCAAAGUGCUGUAAAUGUUGAAAGAAAGUUAGCUAAAAUGUUUGAUAAAAUGUUUGAUAAAAAAUUUUUUCCUUUUUUCAUACGAGCAGCUUUAUUCCUUUGAUACACAAGAUAUUUCCGAUUUCCUCGUGUAGAAGUGUAAUUUUUUUUCCAGAAAUGUGCAUUACCUUUUGAACCAAUGUAUUUUAGUUAGACUUUUUUUUUUUUUUGAGAAGCUGUGAGCUGCAUUGCUUACUUGUGCACUUGCGUAUCAACGAAUUGAAGCUCAUAAAUCAAUGGAAAAAAAACGGCCGUUUGCAACGGCUAACUUAUGUAUGUGUUAGUUUAGGUGUACGUAUAAAAAGACUAUAACACAAUGCUUAGAAUAUAUGAUCAUUAUAUUGAUAUUAUUUAUGAAUAUUUUAAUAUUUCCGAAAUAUGCGCAACACACAUUUAACAAAUACACACAACACGACACAUACACACAUGUACACUCGAAACAUAUGACAAGCGUAAUAUUUAAAGGUAAUGCGAACGCAAAUUUAAAUAAAAAUCUAUGAUAAAUCUAAUAA